AGCGGGCUACGUUGUGUGUUCCCGGGCUUUUAUUGUCAAGCAUGCAUAGGAUCGCUCCCUUAGGCUGUCAAGAUUCACCUUCCUCAGUUCGCUGAUGUGCUGCUGCAUCUCUGCUGCUUUUUGCAGUGGUGUUUUGCAGGAAGUGUUUGGACGGGCGUGCUGCGUUUUCCUCGCUACCAGAGAUGGUGAGGCUGUGACACUGCACUCUGACGUGGGAGAUAUUAAAAUAGAGCUCUUCUGUGAAAGAACACCCAAGGCUUGUGAAAAUUUUUUGGCUCUGUGUGCCAGUAACUACUACAAUGGCUGUAUUUUUCACCGGAAUAUCAAAGGCUUUAUGGUGCAGACAGGAGAUCCAACAGGCUCAGGGAAAGGAGGAAACAGCAUUUGGGGCAGAAAGUUUGAGGAUGAAUUCAGUGAAUACUUAAAGCACAGUGUCCGUGGAGUUGUUUCUAUGGCAAAUAAUGGUCCGAAUACAAAUGGAUCGCAAUUCUUCAUCACCUAUGGCAAACAGCCACAUCUAGACAUGAAAUACACUGUCUUUGGGAAAGUAAUUGAUGGCUUGGAUACACUGGAUGAACUGGAGAAACUGCCAGUGAAUGAAAAAACAUUCCGGCCCCUUAAUGAAGUUCAUAUUAAAGAUAUUACAAUUCAUGCUAAUCCUUUUGCAUAAUAAUUGUCAUGUGCCUCAAUAGAUUUUCUAACAUAAUGAUUCAAAUGAACACUUGUGAGCCUUUGGACAAAUAGAAAUUAAGGACUUUCCAUGGUUUCCUAAAUUGCCACAUUACACAGGGGAGAAAACCCAAAGUCUAAUGUGUGAAAGUGUACAUAUUUAAUAAAACUCAGUGUGGGGAGAGCAUAUUGUAAAAUAUAUUUUACAUAUUUUUAAUAAACCAUGCUUUCUCGGUU